AUGCCACGAUGGAAUCUUCGUUCAAUGUGGGAACUUGCUUCCGUACUCAAUUUCUUGCAUGUUUUUAGACCGCUUUUGAAAAUCAACGCGGAGUUUUCAGCGGAGGAGUUUGAAACGGCUCUGCUUACUCCAAACGAUACUUUAAGUGAUAUACAUAUUCCUUUGCUAAAGGCCAUUCCUCCUGUAACUCGAAUGGCCCUCACACGCGAUACCUGGGUCACUGUCUUGUGCAGAAAAAUAAGAGAUUGCUGGCAUUGGGUCGCAGAAGGGGACCUUCCUAUUGUUGCCUCGCAAGGGCGGGAGAUUGAAGUGUACAAAUCCCUUGAUCCAGCCAUUCGUGUGGUGAUUUUGAAAGCUUUAUGUGAUAUUCGUGUUGAGCAAGAGGAUAUCAGGAGUUACAUUGACAACUCUCUUAAAACUGGUGUUCAUCUGUCAGUUUUUCGCAAAGACCGUGUUGGGGGUGAUUCACAUGGAGUUAAUUUUUGGUAUGAGGAUGAUCCCUUAAUUGGUCACCGUUUAUAUCGGGAAAUAAGGAAAGCAGAGGUGGUGAAGGUCAAAACAAAGGGUUCCAAGAUUCUUCCUAACGUAACAUACCAAUGGGAAACUGUUGCCACUAAUUUCGAUGAAUUCCAAGAUGUUUCUGAAAAACUUCUUUCAAGUAAUAGUAGAAUUGAAGUUUCUCUAGGGAAGAAGUUAAUGAAAGAUAUGCUUCCUGAGAUAGAAAAAGAACACAAGAGGAAAGAAAAAUUGUUGAAAAAGCAACAUAGACAGGCUCUUCUCCUUGAUAACUAUUUGGUUGCUGACGGACUUGGUCCUGGCCGUUCUCUCCGUGAUAGGAAGCCAGUUAGAUACACUUUUGAUGAUUAUGAUAGGUCGAUAAAUGAAGCUAUCAAGAUAACAAAGAAAAAGCAUCCAUCACCAGAACCUCCUCUCCACAGAAGAGAAUCUGCUAGAUUGGAUGCUCUUGUGAAUGGCAGAUCGACCAGUUCAACCCACCCUACUGAGCCUGUGAACGAUACAGCAUCUGCGAGAUCUUCUGAUUUUGCUGAUUAUGAUGAUUUCGAUGAGCAGAGAGAUGAAUCCUUGGACAGAAGGCAAGAUACAGUUAACAGGCGUAGACAACGGCCUCAACGGUAUUCAGCUUCGGACUUUGUUGAAACUGUUUCAGACAAUGAGGUAGAAUUUGAAAGCGACGAUGACAUUGUUGGGGAAGCAGUUUAUGAUGAAGAAUAUCUGAGGAAGCGUAAACAGAAGAAUGAAGAAGACAGUGAUGUACCCCGGAGGGUUAAGAAAAUGCCACGGAGAGAAACUAAGUUAAGAUCAAGGUCAAAUGAUUUCCGGCCAGGCCUGAGACGCAGUAAAAGAGCAACAAGAGUCGAUUACCAACAAUAUGAGCUCUCAGAAUCAGACAAAGAGGGACCAGGAUUGGGUAAACGUAAGCGACUGGUUGAGCCGGAUGAACAUUCUGAUGAAUUAGGGAAUGGGAACUUCACAAUGGGAAGUCAAGACUCUGAAGAAAAUGCAAAUGACCCAGAUACAGAAUCUGGUGAAGAAGUAGAAGAAGUGGCCAGAGAGGUCAAUGACAACAAUGCAGAGACAAGAACAAAUGGUCAGGAGAAUAGUCAACUUAACAAACUAAACGUCACAGACCAAGAAGAAGAAGCUGAUGGUGUGGUAGGCAAAAGGCGUUACCUCGACCUAAACGAGCUUGCCCCUGUCUCUGGUUUUGAUGAUGGUCCAAGUACAGUAUUGAAGGGUGAUGAUAACACAGACAAUUCAUAA